GGCCACAAGUUUAGUAAUUUCAAUCUGGCUGGGGCAGGAGUGGGGCCGGUGUCAGAGGAAGGCUGGGGAAAGUGGCUGGGUUUGUGAGCUCGUGGGUGACGCUAUAGGCCCUCAGCCCACCCCACCCCCCUUCUCCCAUCGCUUCCUAAUGUUGGAAAGCAGGGGGAGGCCUCAGUGGAAAAGUUGACGAUUUUAACCCUCCGCGCCAGCAAUUCACCUAAGGCGAUCUUUAGAUUUUGUAGAAAUAUUCAGAGUGGGAUGAAUCAGGGAUGGAGGGAGUCCAAGCAAAAGGGUCCCAGGCUUGUGGAGGGUGGGGGAAGGCGGUGGCGGGAUUGGGGAAAACAAAGUUUCUACUCGGAAACAAUGAGGUGGUCAGGAACCGUGGCCGCCGGGCGAGCUUAUUCCCUGGGAGGUAGCUGGUUUCCUACUAGGUGCGAUCUCUAGGUUUGCGCCACAGCCUGAAGGAAACCUUUGUUCCGAAAAAGGCCAAAUCAGAAACGUCGCAUUAGAUUUUUGAGGCUGCCAGAGAAGUCUGUAUUGCUUAUUUGGAGUGUACCGCUAUAAACCUGGCUGGAGUUUUGCAGCAAUUUCUUAGAUGUAAAAAUGAGAUCUUUUGCAAAUAUGCAAAAAUUGUAUUGGUAAAUACCUAUACAUUUUCAAAAUCUGGCCCUGAAUCCCUCCAUCAGUGUUGUCAUAAAACAAGUUUAAAAUAAUGAUAUCACUUACCUUUCUGAGGCCAGAUUCAAAUUCCCCCUCUUCUUAUAUUAAAAUUUUUUGUUCCAAUAUGUUUUUAUUCAUUUCUUGAAAUGGUUAUUUUUCUUUUCAGAAAUAAGCAAUGCAAGGGUGAGUGGGAAAGGGAAUCUCAAAGUAGGUGCUGCCCGUGUGAGCAUGUAUGUAUGCAUGUAAAUUUUGCCGAUCAUAGUCAGGAGUCUUUGUUGAUCACGGUCUCCCAAAUUCUGAUAGAAUAAAGCAAGAAGUGGGCACCCACACGGUGCUCUCUGCAGCCUGAACCUUCCCUGAAAUCCCAAAGCUGUCUCUAGUUUCAAGGCCAGAGGCAGUUUAUUAUGGACAAAACUAAGGAUAUUGCAAUUGAGGGGUGUAUGUGUAAAGGCCCCAGCACUCCUGCCAUCAGGAGAGAAGGGCCAGUUCAGUGGCUGGAUUUAGAAAAAAAUUUAAAGCAGGUUGUUUAGGGACAGAUUGCACCUGAUGGAUUCAAAGCAGAUACAUGAAAUAUUCCUGGAAAUGUUCACAUUGUUAAAGAUGAACGGGGAAAGAAUGUCACUUCUCACCCCCCAGAUUUUAACUAUGCAGUAAAUUCAUGAAUCAGAGAAGUCCAGAAUUUUUGUUAAAGCUGGAUAUGUGGAAGUAGCAUUUAUUUUUCCUCUCUGGUGCCGCAGUUCAACAACACAGAUGAUCAGAUAAUUCUGAUCACCAAAAGCACUGAGAGGAACAUCCAGAUACAAAUUGUUUACUGGUUAUCUCAAUCUCAGUACCUAGUUUUUAAGAUUUUUUUUUUUUUGGUAAUAAUAGUUUAUUUCUCAUGGCUUGCAAAGGCCUACUCAGGAGAAGGAAUCCGCUAUCUGGUGAACUGCAUGGUAAUCCUCACCAGAGAGCUUAUUUUACCAGCCUGGCAUUUACUUCGGCUCCAUAGCCAUGUGGGAGGGGAGUGUUAGUAACCAGGUAGAAAUGAGCAAAAUUUACUCCUAAAUAAAAUGUGGACCCUGGUGGCUGCACAGGCCUGGUUGAAGCAAGCAGACACCAGAGAGUUUUAGGUUAAAGGCAUACUGACCACCAGAGAGAAAUUCAGCAGCUAGGAGAGAGGGCGAAAGAGAGAGAAAGAAGGCAAAUGGGCGAGAGGGAGAGAGAGUGUCCAGAAGUCAACCCGUGCUGCAAUUGAAUUGCUCUUCUUAAUCUCUCAGGGGUGGGGAACCCCAAGAAAGCCAAGAUGAUCAAUAAAUGGACUAUUCUAUUGAGGAAGCUAACACUUUAUUGUUACAGUCUGGGGGGUGUGGAGCCUUGGGGCUGUCAGGGAUGCUGGGAGCUCCGAGAUGAAGACCGAGACCGACUAAGAAGGCAGCAGGCAUUUUGGUUAAGUUUCUGCUGUGUGGCUAUCUUCUCCAUCUGAACCAUUGGGGCAGGCCCAUCUGCAUCCCAGGUCCCAGGUGCACCCACAGGCUCCUGAUUCAAUCUCGGCUCAGCAUGGAGGUGGGGUGGCAGUCCUGGGCCAGUGAGAGGCUCCCACUAGGGCUUACACAUUUUUUUUUUUUCCAAACAAGAAACAGCACAAACCCAACGGGGUGGAGGGAGGGUGGAAGAUGUUGGAGAAAAACAUCCGACUCUCCCCAAAGGAAGACCCAAGUGCCAAUGCCAUGGUUUGUGAGCCCGCAGCAGGCCUUCUGCCUCCUCUACUCCACAGCCAGGAUGGCCCUCUUGUAGCUAAUGCCAUACCAAACUGAUUUUUGUAACCUCGGUUGGAGCGGGCGUGCUCUUGGAUCCCAUUCAGCCAACAAGUCCAUUUGGCCACCCUAGAGAGCCUUAACGUGACUGGGACUGAGCUGCCUACUGCCGGAUACCCACCUUGUCUUACCAAACUGACAGGGCUGCUGAAUUCCCAGAGAGUCUUGGAACAUUCUGGAGAGCCCAAGGAGAAGGCUUUGAGGGGUCUGUGAACUCCUUGAAAAGGAUGGGUCAAAUUGUGGGAAUGCACAAAUGUGCAUUUUUCACAGGAUUUGAGAACUUGGCCUAAGAUUUUCCAAAGGGGCCUUAACUUCUGAAAAGAUCAAGAAAGACAGAUUUAGAUCAUUGUCUUUCACUUUAUUUUUUUAGCCUCCACCAUCUCAAGCAUUCUCUCCUGUGGCCACUAGCCUUUCCCAACCUGUGGCCCGGGGAGGUUGCUUUCUGCGCUUCAUCUGGAAAGGCCUAAACCCUGGUCCACUGGCCUGCUGGGGCUCAUUCUCCUCAAGGGACCCUCUCCUGUAUUUGGGACCUACUUCCAACUGGGCAGAGCUCUCUUGAGAGGAGUGGACACUGCUGAGGGGCAAAGCCCUCUUCUCAGGCAGUCCUCAGCUUUGUGGCAUUUCUCAGUAGCAUUGCUGAGCUCAACAGUCCCUGUCAGUUUCACUCUUCUGACAAGCUGGGUAAGGACCAAGCCCAUUUGGAGAAGGGUCCUAGACUUCAGUGCUCUGAAGCUUUUGAUACUCAAGUUCGUUGAUCUCGUGGGCCUAGCCAGAUUAGAAUUUGCCUUGGCCUUGUGCGAGAGCAAUAAGGAGACCGAAGGACAGUUCCGGAUCCCUCCGCCCAGACACCUCACUUGAUUCGGCUGCGCCGCUACUGCAGCCUCGAGACCCUGUCUGUUUGGAGACAACUGGCUUUCUCUUCCUCUCUCUCCUUUUCUACCCCUCUCUCUUCUUUCCCUCUGUCCUUUCUUUCUGUUCCUUUCUCUCUUUCUCUCUCUCUCCCUCUCUUCUCCACCCCAGACACCCAGUCCUCAAAGCCAGUCACCGCGGGGCGCAAAGGUAGAAGUGGCUGGAGCGCAGCGCAAGUGGUGGCGCGGCCUCCCGGGUGCUGCGCGCUGAGCCGCGGCUGCCGACAGAGACGGCAACUGCUUGCUUGUAUCUCCGAAGCCAGCGCCAGGGCUCUGCCGUCGCUCUCCCGUGCGCUCUCUCUCGGUCCUCUCAGGCUCAGCUUCCUCCUCCGACUGGGUUCAUACUGGGAGGAACAAGGCCAAGUGCCAGGCAGAUCACCCAGGACGCAAAGGUCUUUCCCCGCCGCACGCAGAGGCCUGAGCGGUCUGCUUCCUGGGAUCCCGGCGUUCAGCAGCUCCAGUCAGGGCCUCUGCAGGGGCUGGUGCUGGCGGAGCGGGCAGGCCUGGGCAUCCUGGAGAGCUGUAUCCCGCAGGGGCAAGGCAGCGACCUCUUGGGCUCCACUGGAUCCGGCCGGAAAAGGUCGCAUUUCCUGAGGCCCACACUUGAGGGCUAGAGCUCUGGGCCAGCCAUUUCCAACUGACUAAGAGCGUGGUCCCUACGGCCAGGGAAGAAGGAGGCCCCGGUGUCUACUGAGCAAAGGGCUUGGCCUCCGAACGCGCCUAUAACUGGGCCACGAGCCCAGGCAGGCCUCACAGGGAACGGAUUUCCUCACCGAGGGCCUCGUUAAAAUGCGAACACCGCAGGAGUGAGGGCUGCCCCAGCCGCGGGUUUGGUGGGGGGUGGAGGAGGGAGGAGAUGGAGAGGCAGGAGUGGUGACACUGUUUCUUGUCAUAGCCUCCAGUAGCAUGCGAAUGCCAAGUCUAAAAGGAGAGUUGGAGAAUUGUGUGGCAGAGGUGUCCAUUAGCCACCCCCCGCCUCCAGUUUUCCCCUCCAAGUCUUCCCCUCCGGGCAAGCCAAAGACCCUGAAGAUCAAUGUUUCUUUCACUUCCCGGAAAGGAAAGGCAUAUGAGCUUGGAGGCUGCCAGGGUGAUGCUGCUUGGGGUGCCUGGACCUGACUCUCGCCUCAGAGUAAAGGUGAGGGAGCCUUUCAGCCAAAGUUGCCAGUUGCCUGGACCCCGUCUUAUGCCAGCCCACCAAGGUUCACCGACAGAAGCUGCAGAGAAGGCAAGCCAGGUGAGCGCCCCAUAGGCGAAGAUCCUAAUUGGGUCAACCCAUUGGCAAGGAGGAGUGUGUACGAGGCUGAGAGGCCAGGACAUUGCAUUUUGGCGAAAUUUCUUUGUGGGAUGCAAGAAAGAAGUGGCAGUUGCCUGCUUUCAAUCUACUCUGGAUUUCAUACACUCUGAGGAUUUUGGUGGCCUUAGGAUCAGGUCUGCCACUUUGGGGAGACAGCUCCAGGUUCAGGGCUAAAUGAGAAGAGUUUGAGGCCCUGACAGGCCCCCUUAGUGUUUAGAGUGCACCGAGGUCUGGUGGCUGAUUCCGAAAUUAAAAUGGGGAGCACCCAAGGCGGGCCGGGGUGCGCACCAUAAACACCCCACUUGUUAACUGCUCGGGGCCCAGGGGCCUUUCAAACAGACCCCGAAGGAGGACUCACGUCUGGGCAUGGGCGGGGCGAGCCCAGGGGCCAGGCCCCACAUCAGCCACGUUGGAGCAGCCCCCGAAGCUUCUGGCCUUUGGGCUGAGGUAUCGGGUGUGCGUCUCACAGCCCAUCAAUACAGAUUACAUAUUUAUAUCAAUCGCGGGCUCGGAGGGCGCCCUCGGAGAGCGGCCCCGCGCCUACGAAACCAAACUGGGAGUGGUCGCUCGGAAACUCUGGCUCAGGAUUGGCUGCGGGCGCCCGCCGCGGUGCGGGGGGAUUGCUAAUCGUAUUCAGCAUGUUUUGCACAAGAAAUGUCAGCCAGAAAGGGCUAUCUGCUCCCUUCGCCAAAUUAUCCCACAACAAUGUCAUGCUCGGAGAGCCCCGCCGCGAAUUCUUUUUUGGUCGACUCGCUCAUCAGCUCGGGCAGAGGCGAGGCUGGCGGUGGUGGCAACGGCGCGGGGGGCGGCGGCGGAGGCGGCAGCUACUACGCCCACGGCGGGGUCUACCUGCCGUCGGCCGCCGACCUGCCCUACGGGCUGCAGAGCUGCGGGCUCUUCCCGGCUCUGGGAGGCAAGCGCAAUGAGGCGACGUCGCCAGGCGGCGGUGGUGGCAGCGGGGGCUUGGGUCCCGGGGCGCACAGCUACGCUCCCGCGCCUAUAGACCUGUGGCUGGACGCGCCCCGGUCCUGCCGGAUGGAGCCGCCCGAGGGGCCGCCGCCGCCGCCCCAGCAGCAGCCGCCGCCCCCGCCGCAACCACCCCAGCCCCCGCCGCAGGCCACCUCGUGUUCUUUCGCGCAGAACAUCAAAGAGGAGAGCUCCUACUGCCUCUACGACUCGGCUGACAAAUGCCCCAAAGGCUCCUCCGCCGCUGCCGAGCUGGCCCCCUUCCCGCGGGGCCCGCCGUCCGACGGCUGCUCCCUGGGCACCUCCAGUGGGGUGCCAGUGCCCGGCUACUUCCGCCUCUCCCAGGCCUAUGGCACCGCCAAGGGCUACGGCAGCGGCGGCGGCGCUCAGCAGCUCGGCGCCGGCCCGUUCCCCGCUCAGCCCCCGGGGCGCAGCUUCGAUCCGCCAUCCGCUCUCGCCUCCGGUUCGGCGGAUGCAGCCCGGAAAGAGCGAGCCCUCGACUCGCCGCCGCCCCCUACGCUGGCUUGUGGUGGCGGUGGCGGUGGCGGGGGCUCGCAGGGCGACGAGGAGGCGCACGCUUCGUCCUCCGCCGCGGAGGAGCUCUCCCCGGCCCCUUCAGAGAGCAGCAAAGCCUCGCCCGAGAAGGACUCCCUGGGUAAUUCCAAAGGCGAAAACGCAGCCAACUGGCUCACUGCAAAGAGCGGCCGGAAGAAGCGCUGCCCCUACACCAAGCACCAGACGCUGGAGCUGGAGAAGGAGUUUCUGUUCAACAUGUACCUUACUCGAGAGCGGCGCCUAGAGAUCAGUCGCAGCGUCCACCUCACGGACAGACAAGUUAAAAUCUGGUUUCAGAACCGCAGGAUGAAACUGAAGAAAAUGAACCGAGAAAACCGUAUCCGGGAGCUCACAGCCAACUUUAAUUUUUCCUGAUGAAGCUCCAGGCAACGUGGGGUUUUUUCCCCCCCACUUCCAGAGAGCUGUUCUCCCUCUAUCUUCGGCCUCUGCCCAGGAACUCGCACCUGUGCUGGAGACCCAUUCCUUCCUCCCACACUCACCAUCUCGCUGGCCGUUACAUCUGUGCAGGGCUGGUUUGUUCUGACUUUUUGUUUCUUUGUUUGCUUGGUGCUGGUUUAUUUGUUGUUUUCUGGGGGAAAAAGCCAUAUUGCGCUAAAAUUCUAUAUAUAGAGAGAUUGUCCUAGGUGUCAAGCGGUGACUAAGAUGGUUUGCUGUCUCGGGGUUCCACUACUGGAAAUGGCCCCUGUCCUUCUGGUGGAGCUGGUUUCCUGUAGGGCUGGCAAACCUAGCCAGAAGGCGGAGGUCCCAUUGUAGGCAGCUGAGGUGUCUGGCCUGAGGUCAAUGAUGCAAGAAGCCGCCACCGGGCUCGCCUGCCUGGAGUGCUGGGCUGUGUUUAAUCAGGGGAUACAGGCCCCUGGGUUUCUUUUUUCUUUCUUCCUUUCUUCCCUGGCAAAGAGAAGGGAUUGUAGGCAUGAACACGCAGGUUGGCAAAAGGGCUUGACUUUGGCUGAUGGGAAAAUGGGGAAAGUCAGAAAGAUUAAUUUUUCCUUCUCCAGCUUUAAGAGGCGAAAAGAAUGACCAGGAGAAGGAAACUUCUCUUCCAGUUUGUGUAAGGUUUUGCAUUGCAGGACUAAAUUAUUUCACUUACCUCUGAAUUUCCAUGUCCUUCUGUCUGUAGAUAAAUAAUUGAAUGUCGUUUUGUUAUACAUACAGAUUUAAUGGAUUUUUUGUCAUUAAAUAAUUGUUACCAUUGGUAACACAUGACAAGCACACCCCAAUUCUCCCUAUCUUGUGGAGGUUCCCCCCCCACUUUUUCCUUUUCUUUUCUCCCCCCCCCCCAGAUUCAUGGCAGCCGAGGAGGGCUGGGGCAAGCCGAAUAGACUAGAGAAGGGAGACAUUGUUUGGGUUUCCUUUAUACUGUGAAGUUACAUGCAUAAAAGGGUCAAACCUGUAGGUGCAGAAAAAGAAAAAACUAUAAAAUACAAAUCUGUAUAAAUGUCUAUUAUUAUGAAAAAUUGCCAAUCUUGUUUUAUGCAAAUGCAUUCUAUCGUUAUUAUAAAUGUUAGUUCUAGCUCUAUUUACUUCUAAUCUUAAAUGAGAAUAAAUUAAUAUUGUAAUGCUGCUGUGCGUGGAAAAAAAGACGAUGUUUAUGUUCUUAUAGAAGAAUAAAAGCUGUGGAAUGAA